AUGGGGUCCUCCGAUAGCGACGACAGUGGAAUCAACUUCGACAUAAAGGAGCAGGACAUGUACCUUCCUAUCGCUAAUGUUGGAAAAAUAAUGAAAAGAGCACUGCCUCCGCAGGGGAAACUGUCCAAGGAGUCCAGAGAAGCUGUUCAAGAAUGCGUGAGCGAGUUCAUCUCGUUCAUCACUUCCCAAGCUGCUGAAAAAUGCUCGAUUGAAAAAAGAAAAACUCUUAAUGGUGAGGAUAUAUUACAUGCCAUGAAUUCAUUGGGGUUCGAGCACUACGCAGCUGCUCUGAAGAUCCAUCUGGCAAAGUAUAGACAGCUAGAAACUUCGAUGACAGAAAAGAAAAGGGCGGCCUAUUUGAGAAAGAAACAAUUAUACAAAGAACAACGCGAGAGGGACGAACGCGAAAAGAGUAUGGCUGGGGAUGUCUAUAAUUCCUCCUCGCCCUCAUCUUCUGUUUUCCAGGAGAAGACAGAGUUUCCAAUGAGUCUAUCAGGCUCAGAUAAUCCAUAUGUACUAUCUCAUGGUGAAAUUUCACCGGAAGGCACACCUAUUCUCGAGGAAACAGAAAGUCAACCUAAGACGAACUCAGUCUUUCGUCCUUACUCUUCAAUGUCCGCGACAGAAUUUUCAAAUCCUUUUUUGAUGUCAGAACUGGCAGUUGGAGACAAAAUGCAGCCAUCGGAAGAAUUUUUUGCACAGCGAAUAAAAGUUGACCCGGCAAAUGAUAAUGGGGAGGAGAGCAAUGACAGUGGAGGCAGCUCCAGCUCCAAAGGAAAGUCAAGCGGGUCCCAACAUGGCUCGCAAUAUUUUGACCUUCUGAAUUAUGACGAAAUGAUAUAG